CUUCGUGUUUAGAUUGUCUUGUUAAGUCCAGUGUCUAGAGUUCUUAAGUUCAGGAUGAUGGAGUUCGGCGAUGACGAGAAUCUCGAAAAACCUUCAGAUGUCCCGAUUGGCAUCGGUUGCUUAAAAGUGGAAGAUAUCAAACCGGAAUUUGACGAGACUGAGCAGUUGAUCUUACCGGACGGCAUUCCGGCGAACAAUCAGGCUGGAGGAAACGAUUCCGACGAGAUGAUUUUGCCUGAUUGUGAUGAAAUUAGCAAGUUAACCGAUGAUCCAGUGAAGCACGAACCGUUGGAUAUUGAACCCGAGAUGGACGAAUUCAAAACAGCUAAUGAAGAGGAUUCCGCCACUGACAGCCAGGGAGAAACGCUUCCGUCCGACGUUCAGCACAGAGCCAGAACGCGCAACGGCGUCGGCGAACCACUGUGGUUGAAGUCAGUGGUUGAACUUAGACGAGAGCGCAAAAUUCGAGGCCUCAGCUACACGUCCUCAACUGGAAGUAUAAUUCCAGCCCGAACGGUCAAGCCAAACUGCGGUGCCGGUUGCAAGUUACAAUGCUUUACCCGAGUGCCGGAAGAGUUGCGCCACCAACUGCUGGCGAAUCUGCUUCAAUUGUCUCAAAGCGAUCAGCGUAAAUUUCUCAGCGAUCACAUCUGCAACAUGCCCGCUGCACGACCGCGAUCAAUUGCCGGACGCAUUUACAACCAUUACUUCCUGCCCGCUGAAUCCCGGCUGGUCAAAGUGUGCAAAACAAUGUUCAAGAACACGUAUGAUUUGCCUCAAAAAACGCUGGACAAAGUUAUUUCGAAAAAGAUCGGUGACAAGCACGUGGUCUGUGGAAAUCCAAACUUCCCGGCGCUGCUGAAGAAGGGCAGCAAGAUUUACUUCGAUUACGACGAGGGUUGUGGCGAAGCGGUGGUGGAACCACCGGAAGUCUGGGAAGAAGGGUGCAAAUGCGAACUGCAGUGCGGACACGUGAUUCCAGCGGAGGUUGUUGAGCAGAUUCGGAGCAGCUUUCGUAACAAGUCCAGAAUGGAGCAAAAUAACUUCCUGUUAAAGCAUGUCCAGCUUCGGACCAACAAGAGAAAGCGUAGAAAGAACGCACUUUCCCUGGUCCAGUUCUACCUGCCCCUCGGGUCAAACGUCGAAGAGGUCUGCAAGAUGAUGUUCCAGCACGUCUUUAAGCUGAACUCGAGCCAGGUACGGACUCUACUGAAAAAUAUGUCGAAAAUUCCGGAAUUGCCAGUCGAAGAAGUCAUGGAUCCCGUCCAGUUUGCCAAGGAGCACAUCGCGGCGCAUCGGAUGGACGAGGACCACCACUGUGCGGUGAGCGGAGCUUUGGUGAAGCUUUCCCACAGUCCCAACGUGGCGCGGAUGUACAGUGAAUACCAGGAGGGGUGCCAGCAGGGAGUGGAGCCGAUUGGCUAUCGGCAGUAUUAUGCCGAGUUUAAUAAUAACUUUGUGCGGACGGGACUGCUGCUGCCGGCAAAGUGUCCCGACUGUGGGUUCUUUAACCGGGGGGAGGGUGGUUGAGUUUUGGAUUGGA